AUGGCGGGUUCUCAACAGUCCGAUAUGCAAGACAACUCCCCACAGGAAAUGUCUUUGCAGGAGUUGUCCUCGCAAAGAGCUGUCUUGCAGUUCACAGAACAGGAUCUUUCAGACGUGGCUGAAAGUCCUGGAUAUCUGAAUUUGCUUUCGAAGUCCAUUGCAGCAACCAUCGCACGUCUUGCAGCAGCGUUCUGGAGUAAACUCCCAGCAGUUGUGUCUGUGCAACCUCCGCAAGAAGGUUCCAUUAUAUUCCCUGUCCAGGUUGACUUCUCUUGCAAAACUGCUGCUGGCAUUUUCAGGGAAAAAAUGGAGAACAUUGGUGGAAACAAAGACCUGCUUGCGCCAUACCAGCACAUGCCGCAUGUGGUGGUGCUCGAUGAAGCCUGCACUGCUGACCCUCAGAUGCCUAACUUGGAGAACCAGAUUCAGCAGACGAUCAAUGCCAUUACCGAGGCGACUAACACGAUGUACUGCAGGGGGAUGCUGGCCUUUCUACAAAGGAGUUUGGGAAUGCUUGCAGCUCAUCCUUUCAGAAUGCCUGCCCAUGCUGCUGGAAAGAAAUGGAGGCAGAGUGUGGCACUGCUGCUGCACAAGCUAAGUGUUGCUCAGCAGCUAGUGAGGUGGCACAACUCUCUUGACGUGGAUGUCCUGUAUAGGGCAGUUGAUACCAAAGCAGAGGUGGAACAUGUUUUGAAAUCCACAAAGUCGUUUCUUUCAUAUUGGGAUUUGCCUGGGUCUUUGGAGUUUCCAGAUGUGUUGCCUACAGAGUGCUUUCAACGGGACAGGGAGAUUCUGGACAGGCGCCUCAAGUACGUCUUUGAAGGCCAGCAAUGCGAUUUUGGCGAUGAUGGAGCAAUUGCCAAACAGCAAUGGGAUAUCAAAAAAGAGAAGUUGGACGAAUGUAGACUUGUGCUGGCUGUCAUCCCUGAGCAAGACAUUAUCUGGGAAGAUCGCAGUGGUGAAAAUGUGCACAAAGUCACAUGGCAUGCAAAAAAGUUGGCAGGAAAGCAGAUUGUUCCCUACAGCGGCCGUGAGCUGGAUCUGGAAGAUUUUCAAAAGUUCUAUGCUGAUGUGUUUGACAUGGUAUCCGAUGCACAGUAUAUGGUCAAACUGCAUGGAGUCACAACAACAGGAGGCAUUCUUAUGGACUUAGCAAACUCAAACUUGAGGCAGUGGUAUCUGAAUCUUGUGACAACUGCGGUUGAGGAGAUAAUUGCGCUAAAGCUCAGGGUCAUGUCCCAAGCUGCCGCAGCCCUGCACUCGGUUCAUGCCUCAGGCAGGGUCCAUGGACGUGUGCAGAGCAGCAACUUUCUGAUCUUUGGAGACAACCCGGAAGACCCCAUUGUCAAGAUCGCUGACCUCCCACUGCCAGUUGAGCAUUGGCACAAGGAUUGCCUUGCAUUCUCAACAACUGGGCAUUGGGUGGCCAAGGAAGUGUAUGAAGGACGGAUCCCUGGCAGCAAGUCUGACGUUUUCAGCUUUGGCUGUCUGCUGUAUGAGCUGGUGAUGGAGGAGCUCCCAUAUGGACAUGAGACAUCUGAAGCGGAGAUCAUGGAGUCCAGAUUGGCAGGACGCCCACCGUUCGUCAUCCCUGAGGAGAAAUUUCAGGAGUGGCCGUGUGAGGUACUGGAAUUGAUGACCAAAUGCACAUUGCCAAAUCUGAAUGCACGGCCAACCAUGCAAGAUGUGGACAGCUGCCUACGGAAAUGGUACCCUGAGACAGGGGCACACCAGGUGCCGCCGGUUUGGAAGCAUCUGCCAUGGCCCAUCCAGAGAGGCCGGACGCUUCUCCAUUUAGCAGCUGAGAGGGGUUUGAAGGAGAUGGCCCUGUUCCACUUGGCAGAGACAAGAGUUGACUACCAAGACGAGGGUGGCAAGACUGCCCUUAUUGUGGCAGCUGAGAAAGGUCACAAAGCUGUGGCGGAGCUGUUACUCAACCAUGGAGCAUGUGCUGAUAUGGCCAGCCAGUUUGGGCAGACACCCCUUGUUUGGGCAGCCAGGGAAGGUCACGCAGCCAUGGCGGAGACGCUACUGAAUCAUGGGGCAUCUGUUGAUCUGGCGGACCAAGGUGGGGAGACACCCCUUGCUUGGGCAGCCAGGGAAUGUCACGCAGCCGUGGCAGAGACUCUACUGAAUCAUGGAGCAUCUGUGGAUGUGGCAAACUGGUUGCGACAGACACCCCUUGUUUGGGCGGCCAGGAAAGGUCACGCAGCUGUGACGGAGACUCUACUGAAUCAUGGGGCAGCUGUGGAUCUGGCGGACAAUUUUGGGCAGACACCCCUUGUUUGGGCAGCCAGGGAAGGUCACGCAGCUGUGGCGGAGACUCUACUGAAUCAUGGGGCAGCUGUGGAUCUGGCGGACCAAGGUGGGUGGAGACCCCUUGUUCGGGCAGCCAGGAAUGGUCACGCAGCUGUGGCGGAGACUCUACUGAAUCAUGGGGCAGCUGUGGAUCUGGCGGACAAU